UUCCGAUCAAGCAGAAGAAUAUGGAGACAAUGGCUGUCAAUUACGAGGACCAAACCAUAUUGUUCAACUUCGUGGUCAAACAAGGUAACGGCGUGAAGGGACUGAUAGACUCUGGCAUGUCUUGUGUUCCACAGCCCUUUGUCCAACCACCCUCUGAGCGAAUUGCGACCCUAAACGCCCAUACAUAUGAAGCUGCACAGCCAAUCGAUCUUUCCCAGCUAGACGGUCCACACCACAAGGAGGUGGCCAAACAAAUUGUUGUAGCUGCAGAGACGCUUGGCUUCUUCCAGGUGGUGAACCAUGGUGUUUCGGUGGAGCUGCUUGAAUUGCUAAAAACGUCGGCUCAUGAGUUUUUCGCACAACCUCCUGAGAAAAAAGCCAUUUACCUAAAAGAAGUGAGUCCAAGCAAGCUAGUUAAGUACGGAACGAGCUUCGUGCCAGAGAAGGAGAAGGCAAUUGAGUGGAAGGAUUAUGUGAGCAUGCUUUACACCAAUGACCAUGAGGCUCUUCAACACUGGCCUCAACCAUGCAGAGAGGUGGCACUUGAUUUUUUAAAAUCAUCCAUGGAAAUGGUGAAAAGAGUAGUUGAAGUUUUGAUGGAGGAUGUAGGAGUAAGACUAGAAGAAGAGAGACUGAACAGUUUGAUGGGGACCAAGAUGGUGAACAUGAACUACUACCCAACCUGUCCCAGUCCCGAGCUCACCAUAGGCGUCGGUCGUCACUCCGACAUGGGAAUGUUGACCGUUUUAUUACAAGACGGCAUCGGUGGUCUCUACGUUAGACUAGAGAACGGUGACUGGGCCGAGAUCCCUCCUCUCAGUGGAGCCUUAGUCAUCAAUGUUGGCGAUACUUUGCAGAUUCUAAGCAAUGGGAAGUACAAAAGUGCGGAGCAUCGGGUUCGAACCACAAACAUCGGAUCGAGAGUCUCUGUGCCCAUUUUCACGGCACCUAAUCCCUCGGAGAAGAUCGGCCCGUCGCCGGAAGUGGUGAAACGUGACGGGGUGGCUCGUUAUAAAGAGCUGUUGUUUCAAGACUACAUGAACAACUUCUUCAGCCAGCCACACGACGGCAAGAAAUCUCUCGACUUUGCUCGUGCCAAUUGAUACUAUUAUCACUUUUAUCAGUUCCUACGAGCCAAAUUCACCAUUAUGUGAGACGUUGUUUCCUUUUUUUUUUUGCUAAAAGAC